AUGGGCCGGCAGCCUCGCCAGCGGCCUGUUUCGUGCCACUUUUGCCGGGUGCGCAAGCUGCGGUGCAGUCGCGACUUUCCCUGCUCGAAUUGCACCAGCCGCGGAGUUCCCUGCCGGGAACCCCAGGAUCCACCCCGCGCUUCGGCCCCGGCUCAGAGGCCGAUCGCCAAGAAGACGGCGGCGGGUGCCGGUGAGAAGGAGAAGGAGACAGAUAUUCUGAGCCGCCUGGAGAGGUUGGAGGCACUGCUUGCACAGCAGAAUAAACAGCCUGCACCUGAGAGCCAAUCGUCUUCAGCGUUGCCGCCUAUCUCAGAAGCGGAUGCGCCACCCCGGCCACAGCAGGACUCGCAACUAGCAUUACCUCUCAAUGUCCAGAAUUUGACGGACGAUGCUCUCUGGCUGGAUAGGACAUGUCUUGGUCCAAAGACAUCUGAAACCGUGUUGGGUGACAAAAUCGUCUUUCGCACUUGUCCUAUACGCAUGAUCACUCAAUCAUCAUGCUACAUCUUUCAAAAUUCCAGCAUCCCAUCUGGUUUUCUCUCUGUAGAACCGACCAAGUGUGUAUGGCUACCCACUAGAGAAGAAACCAGAACGCUGGUGGAAAAGUACACGACAGGUAUCACUUACAUGCACCACAUUGUGCAUAACCCUUCUCUAUGCAACCUUGUGGAUGAGGUGUACGACACUCUGGACCAGGGGACACAGGUGCCUUUGUGCUCAGUGGUUCUACUCCUCGCGGUUUGCGCCAACGUCACGCACUCGUGGACGCAAGCGGACAAUGAGACGACGAAACUAUUCAAUGACGCCGCAGAGGCAAAUGCGCAGGCAAUCAUCUGGCUCAAAGGAACCAUGGAUGUCUUUGAUGUGGCUCAGAGAAAUGUGCAGAUCGAGCUGGAGAGUGCUCAAGGUCUUAUCAUUGUGAGCUUUGUCUUGCUGAACAUCGAGGGCAUCUCCACUCGGGCUCGAACCUAUCUGUUUCAAGCCAUCGCAAUAUCUCGUGAACUGGGCCUUCAUCGCCUAGAUCAUCCCCUCACUUCAUCAACAGGUCACCCAAAGGCCUUUACUGGGAUAAGAGCUGAAGCUGCUCGGCGAGUCUGGUGGUACCUCGUCGGUUUGGAUUGCAUGUUGGCUCGAUUCCCAGGGCCCCACGAGGGCACCUAUCUAAUAAAUCCAAAGCACAUGGCUGUGAGGAAACCUCGUAAUCUUAAUGAUGAGGACCUUGUCGACGGCGACGAGCCGGGGAAGCCCUUGACCGAGUCGACUAGCAUGUCCUAUUUCCUGCAGCGGAUUCGGCUGGCCGAAUUAACUCGCAAGUUCACAGACCGAAUGCCGCUCUCUUCAGCCGCCCCAGAAACCAUGACAUACGACCUUGUUCUUGAGCUGGAUGCUGCAAUCGAUCAAUUCAUCAGGGAAAUCCCUCCUUUCUUAGUCAUGGAAGGCGAAGAACUAGCAAAGCUACCCCCUAACGAUAUUCGACGGUCACCGGCGAUUAUUAUACAACGGCACAUCAUGAAGUUGUUCGUUCAGGGGCAGCGGUGUAGACUCCAUCUUCCAUAUCUGGCCCGUGGUUCGAUCGAGCCCCGUUAUGCGCACUCACGAAACGUUUGCUUGGACGCAGCUCAGACCAUUCUUCAUGCAGAGCAUCUUCUUGACAAGGAGGAUGUUGCAUUCACUUCCACGCGACUCAGAACGACACUAGUAUUACACAGCGUCUUUCUAGCUACCAUUAUACUUAUCCUAGAUUUCUGUCUGGGAACAACCGCGCAAGAAAAGGAGACUAGGCGGCAACAGCUGGUGGAGGCAUGGAAGAUCCUAGACAUUGCAAAGGAGCACUCCAAGCCGACAGCCCGGAUACAGGACCUGUUGAAGCAGGUUAUGAAGAAGCACAAAGUGUCGAUAUGUGCGGAUGAAGAACGAAACCAGCUUCCAGUGAGAUCGGCUGUGCAGGAGACGAGUCUUCCUCUCACCCCCAGCUCAGCUGCGCCGAUCUCGACCGGGGCGACGCCCAAUGAUGCUGACCCUUCCCCCCAAGCCUGGGAUGAGCUGGGAUCAAUGAUUGAUCUUGAUGGGAUGGACUGGGAAAACCUGCUUUGGGGCCUGGAUGCCCCUCUGAUUUAG